GAGGGCCUUAGAGGCUCCUGACCAUAGGAGCCUUUGUUGGUCAAGGUCCCUCCAUGGUCAGGAGACAGACUAGAGUCCUUGGGACACAGGGUCUUCCUAGGUCACUGUGUGACUCUGUAGGGCUGCUCAGAAGGUAGGUACCCUAUCCCCUUGCUUACACAGUGGCUCCAAGUGUCAACAGCACCCACUUCCUGCGGACCAGGUAGCUAGCUAGUGCUCACCUUCUCCAUCCACAUUCAACCUCCUUACCUACCCUAUGGGCUCUCCUCCUGUCCUGCCCCACCUGCUCCAGGGUGGGGCCGUCGUGCUGGGCAGUGCUCCCGUCUUGUGUCGCUGGCUCCCUGUGCAGCGGUGCAGUCAUGUCCCCUCUCAUUUCACAGGGAAGGACCCCAGUGUAAACCUAGAGGCCCUGGAAGAAUUUAAGAACUUCUCACAGCACAAAGGACUUCUGCAAGAAAGCAUUGUGGUACCCGAGCAGCAGGAAGAGUGUGUUUCUGAACACUAUAGUGAUGCCCCCCAGAACUGCAUCUCCAGAGCCAGCUCUGCCCCCACCACACAGCAGUGACCUCCCCGGACCACUCUUCCCCUGCCACAUUUCACGGAGACUCACGGCCCCCAACUACUCAACACUCUCCUCGGACCUCGGUUCCCACUGGAUUGCCCCCCUGCUUUAGCCCUCUAACGCUGUUCCCAAUCCCACCCGAA